CAUUAGCAUGAGUGAGGCUAUUGCUGCGGCCACAGAGCCAACAUGGAGUAGAUUCACAGUGGGCUGUUCCAGACGUAUGAAGAAACUCUGCCCAGUCAUGUGAGCUUUGUUUACUUCCGCCUGUACCCCAACUGCACGUGUAGUGAAAGGCUAUGGCUGCCCCGAGCUCCGUUAAACCCUUCAGCCCAGAGGAGACCCAGACGAUCCUGCAUCAUUUGCAGCAGCCCGCAGUCUUCAAGAACAUGACCUGUGGCUGGCCUGUUCUCCGCUGGACUGCAGAGCACCUGUCUGGCUGCCUUGGCAACAAACUAAUCCGAUUCAGACUUGGGAGAAAAGAGGAGAAAAACACGCCACUGUUUGAAACCCAGUGUUCCUAUGUGGAGGCCAAACUGGCACACUUUCUCAGCUGGACACAAGACCAGCCUGGAACAGAUGUAGGUCCCUUCUCUGAGUACCCCAAGUCAGAAUACUGGGCCUAUGCUGACUACAAAUACAUCGCCCUGCUGUUUCAAGAUCAGCCAUCCAUGUUUGAGGAUGUACAGUGGUCAGAGUUGGGUUUUGAAGGGCGUAAUGGGAGAGAGAGCACCUUAUGGGUCGGCACAGAAGGAGCCAACACGCCAUGCCACAUGGACUCUUAUGGCUGUAACGUUGUACUGCAGGUACAAGGACGGAAGCGCUGGCACCUCUUUCCUCCAGAGGACACUGUUAAACUGUACCCGACCAGGAUCCCCUAUGAGGAGUCCAGUGUCUUCAGCCAGGUGGAUGUUCUCCAUCCAGACCCGAGGAGGUUCCCUGCAUUUCAGGGAGCCAGGGCCCACGUCGUCACUCUGCAGCCAGGGCAGGUGCUUUAUGUCCCCAGACACUGGUGGCACUAUGUGGAAUCAGUGGAUCCCAUCACUGUCAGCGUCAACUCCUGGAUCGAGUUGGAAGUGGAUGACAUGGAAAGAGUAAGUGAAGCUGUGACCAAGGCUGUCGUCUUCGCCCUUAAAAGUACAAUGAGUGAUGACAACAAUGACGACUGGCUCAAUCCCACCGAGGAAGGAGUAUCUGGCCAUAAUGAGAACAUGCAGUAUUUGAACUUGGCAUUGAGAGCGUCAGCUCAAAGACAGAGGGGGCUCUGCCACAGCAAACUGACCCCAUACCCGAGAGACACCCGUCCUGUCAAGCGGGACUCCAGAGGACAAAUCAGGAAAAACAGCGAUUCUGUGGCCUUCAGUGUUCCCUUUGGACCACAUCUCACCCCUGUGCAGAGUCAGCAAGAACACUCACCAGCAAUGAGGGGGGUGACCACAAAUGAUUUAGAGGUCAGCUCAGAUACAGCACAGCUUGAGAACAAAACAGAAUGUGACUCCAGUUUAACUCAAUGUAGAACAUGUGACUGUGCAGAUGGGACAUCAGGGAGCUCCUCAGAAGAUUAUGAGGAAUCCAUACACACAACAAUAAGCACUAAUGACCUGUUAGACUGCCUGGUGCAUCCUGAUGUUAUCGCCUGUGUCACUGAGCUUUUACUGGAAAGGCACACAGGAACUCACAGGAGCAUGACAUCAUCCUAGCUUUAAUAUUUACCAGCCAUAAACAACAUAUAAUUAGCAUACAGAGGAGGAAAAGCCCCCGAUUUGACUGGUAAUGGUUCUGGUUCGAGCAGUGAUUUAUCAUUUUUAUCAUAUCAGACUGCCCUUGCCUUUCCACUCUGGAGUUUGCAAUGAUAGAGAGCUGUGCAAAAAAAAAGAAAGAUCUUUGGCUGCAGAAAUCAAAUCCCUCAACCCAGCGGUAAUGCUCUGCUGUCAGUGAGAAGUGAGAGAAGAAAGACGAAGAGUUUCACCCUGCUUUCUACUCGCAUCUGUCAAGGUCCUCCUGAGACGAACACCGGAUAUGCGAGAAGUCACGACCGGAACGAAUCAUAAUGUGAUGAGUGAAGCAAUCAGGUGGCUCCACCAUUUCCUUGCUUUGUUGUCCUGCACAUAAUAAUCAUGUUUGGGUCCUCCAGAGUAAGAAAAAUGACCACUUAAAUCAAUUUGGUAUGGUAAUAAGCCACAUAAUUCAAGGUAAUAUUCCUGAGAUGUGAACAUUUGUUUCCCCUGUAAUGUUUGCCUGUCUUUUGCUAAUGAAAAUUGUCAUUGAACAACCACAGAAGGCUGAUCAUAAUGGCUCAGUGAUUGAUGAGAGCUGUGAUGAUGAAUGAAAUGGGUUCGUUUGAAUGCAGUCUGUCACCACAGGUGAAGAGAGAAAGGAAAGUUGUACAUGCACAAGAAUAAUAAACAGAAUCUUUGCACUA